UGGGGCGGCGCUGAGCGGCGGCGGCGGCGGCGGGGAGCCAUGCUGUCGAGGAAGGGGAUCAUCCCCGAGGAGUAUGUGCUGACCCGGCUGGCGGAGGAUGUGCCGGAUCACGCCCGGUACCGCGCCCGGGAGCGGCGGGCGCGCUUCGUGGGCAAGAACGGCGCCUGCAACGUGGCCCACAAAAACAUCCGGGAGCAGGGCCGCUUCCUCCAGGACGUCUUCACCACCCUGGUGGACCUCAAGUGGCCCCACACGCUGCUCAUCUUCACCAUGUCCUUCCUCUGCAGCUGGCUGCUCUUCGGCAUGGUCUGGUGGCUCAUCGCCUUCGCCCACGGCGACCUGGACCACAGCACCCGGCUGCAGCGGGGCCUGGGCGAGGGGGCGGCGGGGCCGCCGGCGGACUUCGUGCCCUGCGUGACCAGCAUCCACUCCUUCGCCUCCGCCUUCCUCUUCUCCAUCGAGGUGCAGGUGACGAUCGGCUUCGGGGGCCGCAUGGUGACGGAGGAGUGCCCGGCCGCCAUCCUGGUGCUCAUCGUGCAGAACAUCGUGGGGCUGGUGAUCAACGCCAUCAUGCUGGGCUGCAUCUUCAUGAAGACCUCGCAGGCCCACCGCCGGGCCGAGACCCUCAUCUUCAGCAAGCACGCGGUCAUCGCCCUGCGGGAGGGCAAGCUCUGCUUCAUGCUGCGAGUGGGCGACCUCCGGAAGAGCAUGAUCAUAAGUGCCACCAUCCGCAUGCAAGUGGUGAAGAAGACCACCAGCCUAGAGGGGGAGGUGGUGCCCCUCAACCAGAUCGACAUCCAGAUGGAGAACCCCGUGGGGGGCAACAGCAUCUUCCUCGUCUCUCCGCUCAUCAUCUACCACGUGAUAGACAAGAACAGCCCCCUCUACGACAUCUCCCCCCUGAACCUCCACCACCACGAGGACCUGGAGAUCAUCGUCAUCUUGGAAGGGGUGGUGGAAACCACCGGCAUCACCACUCAAGCCAGGACCUCCUACCUGGCUGACGAAAUCCUCUGGGGCCAAAGGUUUGUGCCCAUCGUGGCAGAGGAAGAUGGGCGAUACUCGGUGGACUACUCUAAAUUUGGCAACACGGUGAAAGUGCCCACCCCUUCGUGCACUGCUAGGCAACUGGAGGAGGACAAGAGCAUUAUGGACAGCAUGCCGUUGUCCCCGAAAGCUACCAUAAGGAAGAGAUCUGUCAAGCUAAAGCCCAAGUUCACUGUAAGCGAUGAUGCUUCCUGAUGCCUUUUGUCUGGGAAACUCUGUUAGGGCCUUGUGUCUGAAAGAGCCCAUAAACUCAAAACAUUGACGUGGGCUCUGUUACUUUUUUAAAUUCAGGUUGGUAGCACAAGGUAUGUUCUGGUGUUAUUUAUUGUGGGUAAAUCUAAAGCUAAUUAUAUUUUUGUAAAGGUGUGAGAGAUUUCAAGCAGCACUGGGAGUAGGAAAAUCAUGAUCUGCAGCUUUAAACUUCAGUUCUGGCUGUCAUAUUUAAUUGCAUGAUCAUUUUGCACUGAUUAAUCUGCAGGUAAUGGCAUAUAUUCUUGAAAAAUAAAUAUAUGUGUAUCCUUGGAGGUUGCAGUACUUAGGGUCUUGCAGUGUCUGUCCCAAAGUCAGUAGUUUUUAACUCUUUUUCUAUUCUAAAUUUGAACAAUCAAUAUAGAAAAUAAAAUAUUAAUAAUUAUUAAAUUAGGUUGAAUUUAAAUAAUCACAGAAAGGUCAGGCAGUGUUAUGUAUAACACAGCUAAGACUAGAUCUGGAAGUGUCUAUGUCAUUAUAUUCGAUGUCUUAAAUAAAUUAACUUCUGGAUUUCUUUCAUCCAUAUUGUAUUGUAUGGAGCCACUGCUACCACCUGCAAUACAAAAUGUAUUUGAAUAUUUACUUUUAUUUAUUUUAAACCCCUUUACACUUCCAAAAUAAAAUGUUCAAGAAUGCCUUUUUGGAUUGUACAUUUCUGAUAGUAAGCAAUGUCCUGCCUUUAAAAAGAGCUGCAGAUAGUGUGCAACUGAAAUUAAUAAUGGGAAAAUUCUGUAUUCUAAUUGUCUAAAUGUGUGUGAGCAACAUCCUCUCCACAAACACACACACACACAGAGCCACAUGGCAGUAAAGUAUCGAGUAAAAAAAUUAAUCUCUCCCUUAGGUCAGAGUAAAUUCUAUUAGAUAAUCAGGAAAUAUAAAUAGAAUUAGAUACUGCAAAUAAAAGGACAGUGCUGAAUGCCGAAAGAUAGCCGUAUGCAGUAGGCAAGACCUUUUCUUUUCUCUUUUCUAAAAGAAGUUGAGAUUUUGUGCUUAUGGAAGGGAGGGAUGUAUAACACGGUGUGGUCGUUUCUGGGAUGCUGUGUCACAAAACAUACCCCUGCUGAGAAAAUGGUCUCUGAGAGCCUGACCUCUCUGCGCAGCCGGCACCUGCCUCGGUUUUCAGCUCAAUUCAAGAUCAGGCAGUCACUGGCAAACAUCGAGGAGCCAUGUUCACCCAGUCGGUUCCACUGUGCUAGCAGGAGAGAUUCCCCUUCACGUACUCUUGCAAAUACUCUCUCUGGGGAUAUUAAUAACAGCAGCAAUUCUAUUCCUAUGCAGGGCUACUAGGAGAUGGCAGUUAUAUUAACAACAACAUGCUAGUAACAGGGCAAACUGCCACUGAAAUAAAAAAAGAUAAAUUUUGUCCAUCUAAAAGCUAAACAAGGAUUAUAGAACUGAACCAACACCUGGUUACACAAGUUCUGCAGAGAGACAGUCACUAAGUUGCCUUAGUACUUCUAUUUAUUCAAAGGAUUUCUAGUAUCAAGUUCUUGUCUGUUAUGCAGCUCACAACAUACACUGAUAUAUUUGUUUUAGCAAUAAUAUGGCAAUUUUUUUGACACCCUGUCAAUGUAACAUUAUGUCAAACUUGCUUAUUGACUAUGGAAUAUUUUCAAGCAUCUGUAAUGAAACAAUGCUGGGGUAAAAUCAAAGAAUGUUUUAAAAUAAUAAAAUAUUAGUUAUAUUAUUAGUGUUUGUAUAUUUCAGUUUUAUUUAAACAUGUAUUGGCAUUCUCAGACUGCCAGUCAAAUGAAUAAAUACCUGUUCAGUUUCUAAAUUCCUUAUGUACCA